CAUAGUUUUACUUUUCAUAAAUUUUAAUAAUCUAAUCGCUUGCAUGCUCAGUUCUGUUAUGUUUUUCCCAUGCAGACUUAAACAAACAAAAAGUUUGUGCUUGUCAGUUUUUUUCUUAGAACUUAGAAUGAAGUACUAAACAUAACCUAAACCAUUGUUGUCCAUGAGUUUGUAAUGUAAAUAAAGUAAUGAGGUUAAACUAUUACUAUUACCUUAAUAUCAAAGUAAAAAUUCAAAAGUAAUAUCCAACUCAAGAAUCCCAAAUCAUUAUGUUUGAAAAUGAUGACAAUUUGGGCCUGGACGUUGAUGAUGAAUUUUUAAAUGUAGUCUUUGAAAAUGAAGAAAGGUAUAACAACAAUACACAUGAAAUAAAUGGAAAGUUGAACAGUGAUAGUUCAAUACAAUUUGAUAGGCCAACUGCCCUACCAGCUCAGAAAUGUUCACGAGAUCAACACGAUGGUCUUGAAUAUUUUGAUACUUGUCGUGAUUCAUCUAUAAGUAGUUUGAAUACUGAACGCAGUUUUCCAGAGAGCUGUGGUAUUCAUAACCUUCACCACAAAGGAGAAAAUGAUUUUUUUGGAGGGAAAGAAAACAAACGGAAAGCUUCUCCCCCUCUGUCAAGAGCAAAACGAGAAAGGAAGUUUCCCGGACCUGCUGGACUAUUACCAGAUAGAAAAUCUCAAAGAACUCCACUAAAACUAGACAAAUUGCCAGAAGCAGAAUCACCCUCAGUUUCAUCUUCGGAGGAGCUGUGUUCACAAGGUCGGUUGUCAGGGUCAGUGCUAGAGGAGGGUCCUUGGCAGAGGUUGUUGACAGACCUCGGACCUCAUGUGGACAUCCUGGACGUUGUCAAUGUAGCCAGCGUCAAGAGGAAGGCGGCCGCCAGAUGCUUCGUAGGCAAGAAGGUGCCUUUGUUGGCAGCAGUGCUGCACCAUCUUGAUGUAUCAUCGGCAGAUCCUUGCGUUAUAUUGAGAGAUACCUCUGGAGAGAUCCACGGCACUCUGCAUCGUGAGGUCUGGCAGCAGUUUGCCGCAGAACUGGUGGUUGGAUCAGUUAUUGUAAUCAGAAACGUCGGACUGCUCAGCACUGGCAUCUCAUCACGUAGACACUACCUUAACAUAACUGCAAACAACCUGGCCACAAUAUACUCUGCUAAUCCUGAAAAACCACAAAAAUCACAGCUACAUUUGCUGACAUCGAAUGACUUUGUAAACAUAGUAGACCAGUGGAGGUCUCUAGCAGCUCCUCCUAGAAGUAUUGAAUCUCCGUCUUCGUCACUUUUCAACAACUCUCUAUCCUCUAGUCCUGCUUUAAGUCCCCAAAUUAAUUACUCUCCGUGUCAUAAUGGUCCUAGGCACCCUGUACCACAUCAAGCUUCUGUGAGGCCAACCACAUUCCAAAAUAUGCGAGGACAAGGACGCUUACCUGUAACUCCACAGCAAAAACCCAACCCACUGUUUAGACCGGGGAAAAAAUUAUUUCCUGCCAAUUCAAGUCCAAACACUAAUCAAAAUAUUGCUAGAACAAGUAAUUCACAAUGCGCCGACAGGUUAAACCAACCAAACCCAAAUUUGACAAGGAAUAUUAUUGUAAACAAUUCAUUUGCAUCUAAUUCUGGCCAAAGACCUAGCACAAGUGGGAAUCAUAAUUCAUCCCACACCAAUGACUUCAAAUUUGAUCCUGUUGUGUUAAGAAAUAUGUCUAGUGAUACUUUAAAACAUUCUAUUAGAAACCACUCUAACUCCAAUACUGGAUAUAUAAAAGACAGUAAAAAUAGUUGUGCAGCCAGCAGUCCAAGCAUUAUCUUAUCACAGUCUUCGCAGGUAACACAGGAAGAACGGUCCGCUGUCGAGAGUAUGUUUGAAGGACUCGAUGCAGACAGUCUAUUUGAUGAUGACUUCUGAGAAGUUCUAGUUUAAGUUAUUCACAAUCUGUAUAUAUUUGUUAAUUUACAGAAAGUAUACAAUCAGUUUUGUUAA